AACCUGCAUUACGUGGAAUGUUAAUGCACCGUGUUUCCCCCGCAUACGUAAUUCAGCACUGCGUUUAUUCACAUCGAAAUUCAGUAGGGUUGUGAGUGCUCCUUUUGCCUUAAGUCGGAAAAUCUGAAGCGUACAGCUAUCUUGAAUUCAAAACAAAAUGUCUAAGACUACGGACAGCAUUUCAUCAACCUGUGUGUUGUGCUUCGGCAGUAUCAAAUAUUACGCCGUGGGGCCUUGCAACCACCAUAUCUGCUUGAAGUGCUCAACGCGAAUGCGGGUGUUGUGUGAGCAGCGAUAUUGUGCCGUAUGCCGAGCAGAAAUGCCCGAGGUAAUUGCCACUGCUAAGCUGCACCCCUACAACAGCAUCAGCUUCCGCAAGGUCCUCACAGACCGCAAGGCCGGCAUUGCGUUUGCCACGAACAAGAUCAGGGAGGACUUCCGGCGCCUACUGUCGGAAGUCUGCACUCUAUGCCCGAGCCGUCCCCCGGAGAAGAGCUUCAAGGAUCUGCAGGACCACCUCCGGAAGGAACACGAACUGUUCUACUGCGAUUUAUGCAUCAAGCACCUGAAGGUGUUUUCCUCUGAGCGCAAGGCCUACUCCCGCAAGGACCUAGCCUUGCAUCGACGCAAAGGUGACAUCAAGGACACAUCAUAUCGGGGCCACCCGCUGUGCGAGUUCUGCGACGAGAGAUAUUUUGACAAUGACGAGUUGCUCAGGCAUCUCCGGCAGGAACAUUACUACUGUCACUUCUGUGAGACGGACGGAGUCAGUAAUCAGUAUUACAAUGAUUACGGGAACCUGAAGGAGCAUUUCAGCGAGGAGCAUUACCUGUGUGAGGAGGACAGCUGCGCCCAGGAGCAGUUCACCCACGCCUUUCGCUCCAGCAUUGACCUGAAGGCGCACCGGGCCACCGUCCACAGCGGCCAGAUGUCCCGGGCUCAGGCCCGCCAGAUGAGACAACUGGACGUGGAGAUCAACCUCCCGCCGAGAUCGUCUGAACGAGGUGGUUUUGGAGGUGGCCCCAGCUUUGCAAAGGGACGAGACAGACAUAACUAUGGAAACAGGGAGGAAGACUUCUCCCCAGCCAUCCAUGCAUCCCUUGAGACAAGCAGACGGGAGAUGUUGGAGCAACACAAGGCAAGGAGGCAGGAGCAGUUGGAGCGAUACGAGGCGAGGAGGCAGGAGUGGUCAGAGCGACACGAGGCGAGGAGGCAGGAGCGGUUGGAGCGACACGAGGCGAGGAGGCAGGAGUGGUCAGAGCGACACGAGGCGAGGAGGCAGGAGUGGUCAGAGCGACACGAGGCGAGGAGGCAGGAGCAGGAGGACCAAGAUGCACGGAGGAACUUGGAGAGACUGCAGCCCAAGAAGAAAUCAGCAGCCAGCACCCAGCAAGAAACUCCUGAGGAGGUUGCCCAGGGAAAGCCACGAAACGAACCUGAAGAGGAGGCGAGCAGAGAGGCAGUUGCUAUAGAGACAGCAGACAAGGAAGCAGGGACUGAGGAGAAGACGAUGCCCAAGAAAGGAGGGCGGACCUCUCCCCGGUCAGAUGGAGAAUCAAAGACAGAGAUAAAGGAAGAAACGCAGAAGUCUUCAACAAACCCAGAGGGUUCAGAGGUUGAGAGUGCUUCGCAAAAGUUGGAUGCCAUUUUGCCAGAUCAGAGUGAGAUCAUGAAAGAACCGGGCAAGAAAAAGAAGAAAAAGAAAAGCAAGACCUCGGCAGAGAGAACUGACAAUAGCAGUGAGAACGAGACUUCAGCGAACACUCCAAAGCCUGCAGAGAACAAACCAUGUGAGACUUCUCAGUUGAAAGAUGUGAAGAGUGAAGUACAAGGUACCGAAGCUGACUUGACUGUGAAAUCUGCAAAAUUUCCAUGGACAUCUUUGAAAGAAAAAGUCGAGGACUUCCCAGCUUUGGUGAAAUCCACUCCAGUAAGUGCUGUUAACACCAGCGCAGCCAGUGGCUUCGGUUUCUACUCGGCCCUGCAAAAAAGGGACACCCAACCGAAACCUCAGACACAGCCAGUAGCGAUGCCGGAGCAGCGUUCAUUCAAGAACGAAGAGGAGGACUUUCCAACCCUGAGCUCGAUUGCAGGAAUUCUGGGCGUGGAGCCCACACCCAACAGGACCAGGCCCAGCACCCAAUCCAACAAUGCAUCUGCGUGGACCACGCCUAGGGAGAAAUCAGCUGCCCCGCCCACUGAAACCAAGCCCAUCGCCAAGUCCAAAAAGAAAGGGAAGAAAGCCGGCAAAGAGAAUCAGGACGUCACCCGUGAGAAGCCAAAGUCUCAAGCUCCCCCAGGUUUUGAUGGGGCACGGAAGGAUGCCCCGUCGCAAGGAGAGAAGUCUGUGCCUCCUCAACAAUCCCCCCCUGGGCUGCCCCCAGGACUUGAGGUCAGUGCGGCCCCCACCUCACUGGCUGUGCCUCCUUCGACAGCACCACCACCACCAGCAUCAAGCACACACCCCAUCGGCCCACCACCUGGCUUCGGGGUAAGCUUUUCAAUGAUGAGCAGUAACCCGCCGCCCGGGUUCGUAGGGUUUGUACGGCCCUCUGACUUUCAAGAACGCAACCUGAUGCUAGCCACUAAGAUCCAAACUCUCCUUGGCAACCAGGAUAUCAAGUUUGACAUGUUUAGGUCCAUCUCCAGGAAGUUCCGUGAGGGCUCUUUAUCCGCUGUAGAAUAUUACCACGAAUGCCAGAACCUUCUCGGCCGAAAUCUCCCACUGAUCUUCAACGAGCUGGUGAGCCUGCUGCCCGAUUUAGUCAAACAGCAGGAGCUCGUCACCGCCCAGAACGAUGCCCGACUCCAGGAGAGGCACCGAGACAAAGAUGCCCCCGUUGGCGGCAGAACCGAUUCUGGGAGAGCAAAGGGCAAAGGUCGAGGGUCGGGAGUGUGGAAGACAUCAGCCGGCACCCCCAGCUCUUGCCCCCAGUGUGGACAGUAUGUCCUGCGAUCAGAACUUGAAGCACACCUCAACACGCAUCAGGAUUUCCCGUCACUGUCUACGAAUGCCCUUGGCAAGCAACAGCCCAUACCCGCCGCAGCUCCAACAUGGCCACGCUUGAAGUAAAGUGAUCACCUUGCUUGUCUAACCCAAGUAUCCUGGGAUUUAGUUCUGAUCUAGAACGUCUGAUUCUCUCACAGAAGUCAAAAAAGGGAAACUUCUCUGAGAAAUUUACAAAUGAUCUGUGCCUGUAAUUAGCCACAAACUACGAGUCAUCCAAAUGGGAUUGUUUAGGUGCAGUUUUUCACCAACCAAAUACAUCAGCAUGCUUUCUGAUGCGUCAUAUGCUGUGAAAAAGCUAGUUAAAGUACAUUCGUUUCCAGAGUUGCCCAAUCCCAGAACACACGGUUUAGUUGGCCCAUUGUUUGAUUUCCAGCUCCUGCCCAGAAUUGACUCUCUGAGGUUUACUGUCGAAUCCAAGUGAAGGUUUUCCUGAACCAUAAGUUUUCUUACACAAUUCUUGUAUGCCUCUUCCACAUUUGAAACUGUUUGCCAUUUCUGUGGGAUUAAAUGUAUUGAAAAGUACGCUUUUUGAAAACAAAUCAGAGAGAGCUGUGGGUACUGUUGUUGUGCUGUGGUCCAGGGAAGACAUAGUUCAGUGUCCAGGUUUUCCUUAGUCAAAUUCUGAUCCCAGAAUCCACUUCCUUAAAUCAAUUCUGAGAAAGGGCAGACGGUUGUUUGCUUAUUUCUGUUUACUUUGUUACUUACACAACGACUCACCAAUGAAGAGAAGAAGUAGGACAGCAAAGUUUUAGGAAAAAAAUGUCAAAGUUUUGAUCACAAACCAAUGUAGCUUUAAGGUUUUCUUCCUGGAAUGACAUUACAGUUUUGCUCAUGAAUAUGGAAAUGCUCAUCAGCAUAAAAAUUGAACGCACAAGACACUGUUUGAAGUAGUGAAACAAAAUUGGAACUAAAGUCAACCGGAACAAACAAGUACAUUUUGAAAUUUUUCUUUAAAAUAAAAAUAACAUUGGAACUACAGUUGAAGGGUCUCAACUUGAGACUAAAUUGAUAAUUUCUCACACUGAAGCCCUUAAAUGUAAAUGAAGCAAAGAUUUCGACAAACCACCAUGAGGCUCACAGUCAUUAUAUUUAACUUGUGCACAAAGGCCUUUAGCAGAUACGUUCUUAACCCAGUGUCACCUUGUAGGCUGACUAAAACUGCAUCGUGAAAUCUUUCAGCGCUCCUUUAGCAUUGUGCAUAUUGUCAUGCAGAUGCUCAUCACUUUUAAAGAGGUAUAAUUUGGCUCACCAAUGAUUAAUUAGAUAACUGUAAAGCAGCAGUGCCAUUGUAACAAAGACAUGCACCCAGUCUAUUAACUUCCUGUACAUGUGCCAGCAUUUUGCCCACAAAUGUUUUGAAAAUCUUUGCCUCUUAAAUUAUCUGCCCGUUGUGCAUAAUUAUAAACUAAGCAAAACUCUGCACUCCAACAAGUUUUACUUGAUACUUGUAUUGCCAAAGCAAAGUACAGUAGGUACAUUUAUAUCGAUCGGGUUCAUGGCAUACACACUUCAUGUGAAUGCAGUGCAGUGAAGGUUUUAAGUUUAUUUGCUAAACCCUAAACUUUAAUGGCAAUGAGGUUAAGUGGAAUGGGGGUCCAUUUUUUUCUCUCGUCCAUAAAAGAAAUCCCCAUAGAAAGGUGGUAAUGUUAUUUCAAAAUUUUCAUUUGCUUAAAAAGAAAAAAACAAACAAACAGAAAAAUUGCCAAUGCAUUGCCGGAGGUGGGACAUCUCUGUGAGGUGCACAUGCUUUUGGCCAGUCAGAACACCCUUUUAGUUGAAGAAGGUUGCACACUUCAACUUUUCCAUGGGCGCGACAGGCAACGGUAGCUUCUAUUUAGGGUUCUGAAGUUAAGAGUUUCAAAGUUUCCUGAUUUCUCUACAAAGUGAAAUCAAAUUCCUUUGUCUCUUAAGUGUUAUUAGUGGUGGUUUUUUUUUUUUUACAAAAUUUAAGUAUUUCCCAGUUAGCAAAAUAUAUAUGUCACUGUAUGUAGAAUUCAUAUUUUAAAAAAUUAAGGCAAAAACGUAAAGCAGAUUUGUGAAAGGUUAGGCUGCAGGUCACAAUUUUUUUUUGGGGGGGAGGUGGUCAAAAAUAUUACAUUUGUGUAGGUAUGGCCAAGGAAUUCAUUUCCAUUGUUAAUUUAGACUGCCUUUAAUCAGCAACCAAGGACAUAUUCUGUAGGAUGACCAGUAGACUCCUUUUUAAAAUAAAUUUUGUUAAAACACGAGGGGAAAAAUGUUAAGAAAUAGGAUUCAAGCCUCGUAACACGUUGACUGCUGUGCAUAUAGCAAAGGGGUGUUCCCGUUUGCCAAGCGCUGUACGCAUGUGCACAUAUUUAAUAGGUACCUUUCACAUAUCUGUUUGAACACAAGCAUUGUAUGCAUGUCCUCCACACUGCCAGCAAUGUAUUUGUUGUGUUCGUGGGUGAUGCCAGCGUAUUCAAUUUACAUUACACAAGCCUUUCACUUCCUACGAGUGUACUCACAGUGGCAGAAUUUUGUACACCUGUUACUAUGAGUAUACUCGUAGCCGGCAGUCAACGUGUGAACUUCAAGAAUGCUGUAAAAUUGUUGUAAGUUACUUAUGUUCUAGGCUGGUCUUAAAUGUCCGGUUGAGACUAUCGGUGGAUCAGAACAGAGGCUGAUAGUACCCAAGUCAAAGGCAAGGGACACUAUCGGUGCUUAAGACUGGCCAAGGACAUAUUUAGUCCCCUUUGUGAGUACCUUCUGUGUUAUAAGGGGGCCAAGUGGUUAGGUACUGCGGCCUCCAAUCAUAGGGUUGGAGGUUCAAAUCCAGCUGGUGGCAGUAUGCCGUGGCCCUUGGCAAGCCACUUCACUCCCUGGUUGCCUCUCUAGCUCUCCAUUUAGGAGUAUAAGUGGGUACCAGCAUUAGGGAGGGAAGCAACCUGCGAUGGACUGGCAUCCCAUCCAGCGGGGGAAUAGAAAUAUUCUCGGUCGUUUCAUGCCAAGGAAACCGGAGAUAAACAGUGGCCUGAUCAGCCAAAUGACCCAGAUCAGACUUGCCUCUAUGUCAUAAAAUCAAACAAGGUUUUAAAAAAUAAAUUCCCAACAAUUUUGUUCAUGAGUUUUACUAAUUUUUUUAAAACACCCCUCUUUCCAUGUUAUGGUAUGCUCCUCUAGUGAUCCUUAUAUGGAGAUUGACCACUUGUAGGAAUGGCUGAAGCGUCCCCUUAGUUACAUGUAUUUAUGAGUAAAAACAAGUGCAGAUAACAUAGAAGUACAUAGGUAUGUGUACUUGUAUUUUGAAAAUCAGAACAACUGGCAGGCAAGUUUUACCAUUUUUACCUCUUUCAGUCGAUCUUUUUUGAGCCAUGUUUCUCUGAACCUUUUUCAUUUGAAGAUCAAUGUCAACACCAUCUUGGUUAGAGGCUUUGUGUUGGUUUGUUCCAUUGUGACAUUUGACACCUCUUCGUUGUCUUGCUAUUUAUUGUACUCCGUGGGUGAAGUUCCGGAUUUUAGUUCAAAAGAUGGUGUUUAUUCAUAAUUAUUACAUAACAUGUAAAAUACUUCAAUAUUUAGCCCAUGUAAAAGAAUCAAAAUAAAGCCAUAUUUGAACAGUUUGCUUUAAAACAACACAGAGAGAGAA